CCCACUCCUCCCGGUGCUACCGGCCGCGUCCUCCACCUCUCCCCUUCCCAUAGCGACGAAGGGGCCACAUCCUCCCACGGACCACGACCCCCUAGCCCCAAAUCUCCGUCCGGCUGCAGCCCCCGCUCCAGCCCUACCCCUGCUCCGCCUCCCUCGCACCGCCUCUGUCUUCCCUUCUCCCCGUUCCCGUUCCCGUUCCGCCGGAGCUCAGCCGAGAAGGACCGAAUAGAGCCGAGCCCAGCCGAAGUGAACCCUCGGCAGCCGAACCGAACCGAGCCCAGCAGAGCCCAAGCGAGCACAGACGAACCCUGCGCAGCCGAACAGAGCCGAGCCGAGCGGAGCCUACCGGAACCCAGCUCAGCCAAAAAGGACCGGAGCAGACCGGAGCAGACCGAACCGAACCCGGCCGAACCGGAAGCAGGGGCGCGCUGGGGCCAGCCCUGCCGUGCGAGGCCAGCGGCGGCAGCUGCCACCCAGCUCGGCGGAGCGAGGGGCGAUGGGGAGCAGUCUCCAGCCCAGCUGCAGCGCAGGAAUUCCCUUCUGGAUGUCGGCUGCCGGGGGCCUGCUCUGAGGAAGAGGAGGAGGAAGGCAGGAGAGAGGGAGAGAAGGGGCCGGUGGGCAGGAGACCGUGCGAGUUGAGCUCUGCCCUUCUUUUCCUUCCUCCCUUUGUCGCCGGGCUCGUCUCCGACCCUGCUGAGCAGCAUGCGGAGGGGUCUCCGCGCUGCCUCGGAUGUGCUUGGGGUGCUGCUGCCGCCCCCCGCCGAGAAUCAGUCCCCCGCCGCGGGCAGCGCGACCCCGGGUGCUGGAUGAGCCGGCAGCGGGCAGGUGGCUGCGGCGCUUCCCCCUCCCCAGGAGCCCCGCUCCUUCAUGCGGGCUGCUGCGCUCGGGAGGAGCCGCUUCGCCUUCCUCCAGACCCCCCCCCGAGCAGGGGCUGGGGAGCGGCCCCCGCUGCGCGGCGCGGGGGUCCCGCAUGGCUUGUUACCUCGUCAUCAGCUCCCGGCACCUCAGCAACGGCCACUACCGCGGCAUCAAGGGCGUCUUCAGGGGACCGCUCUGCAAGAAGGGCGCCGGGGCGCCGGCAGCUGCCACCUCCUCUCUCCCUCCUUCCAUCGCCCCCCGCACGGACUAUGCUGAGGAGAAGGCUGCAGCUAAGGCUCUGGAGGAUGUGAAGGCCAACUUCUACUGUGACCUGUGUGACAAGCAGUACCACAAGCACCACGAGUUUGACAACCACAUCAACUCCUAUGACCACGCUCACAAGCAGAGAUUGAAAGAUUUAAAACAGAGAGAAUUUGCCCGAAAUGUGGCCUCCAAGUCAUGGAAAGAUGAGAAGAAGCAGGAGAAGGCCCUCAAGAGGCUCCACCAGCUGGCAGAGCUCCGGAAGCAGUCAGAGUGCAUCAGCAGGAGUGGGCCCUUGCUCAAAGCCCCCAGACUGGUGGUGGAGAAGCAGCAAUCAGAAGGCAGUUUGCUCUGCAAGGGUGGCAGGCUGCCAGGCAGCUCUCAGAGAAGCAGCAGGAGGGAAGGAGAAGGUUUGCCCAGCAGUGUCCGAGGCAAAGAGCAGCUGAUGGUAAGCAGGCAGCAGCGCCCUGCUGGCAGAGCCCGCACGCCUGGGGGCCACAGCUGCCAGGUGUUCCCAGAGAGCAGCAGCACUGCCCCGAGGGCAGGAGUGUCCUUCUCCUUCUGGAAGAAAGUCCCUUUGAAGCUGGAGUCCUCAGCCUCCCUUUUCAGUGAGAACUCGGAGGAGGGAGCAGACUGCGGCGGGUCCCCGGGCUGGGCAGCAGGGCAGGCUGCGGAGGGCUGCGGCCCCGGCGCGCUUCUGCAGCAGGAGGUGACAGCGAGCUUGGACAAAGGGCCACCUGCUGUGCCAGCCCCGCUGGGUCUGCCUGCCAGUGCGUCCAGCCAUGGAGCUGCAGAGCCCAGCACGCAGGAGAAGGACAGAAGUGGUGAUGGAGCAGCAGAGGACAAGGCCAGUGCCCUCCCUUCCUCCCCCAAAGCCAAGCCACAGCUGUCAAAGGCAGACUUCUCUGGGCUUCGAGAAGCAGAGCAAGGCAGCAAGCAGCAGGAGCCUGAGCAGCUGCCAGCAGCUCUCCCCUCGGCACCCUGCCCACACAGCCCUGCGUGUCCACAGCCCAGCACCUGCAGGCACGGCGGUGCCCAGCUGCCCGGGCAGCUGCCCGAGCCCCCGCCGCAGGCAGCGCCCGAGCUGGCCUCGGCCAGGAGCGGCAGCGACAGUGCUGGGGAGGUGCAGGGAGAGAGGCCUGCAGGGAGCUCCAGAGCCAGCGCGGGGCGCCUGGAAGCGCUGCCGAGGGAGGCUGGCGAGGGCCAGCCGCGGGCACUGCCGUUCCUGCCGGUGGUGAGCAAGGACGGCAGCACCGCCCUGCAGUGGCCCAGGGAGCUGCUGCUGUUCACCAAGAGCCAGCCCUGCAUCUCCUACGGCUGCAACCCUCUCUACUUCGACUUCAGGCUGGCCGCACGCCCCAGAGAUGCCAGGCGGCAGGGGGCACGCCAGGCCAGCUGCAGGGGGCACCCCCGGGCUCAGCCUGCAGAGGAGAACCAAGCCUCGGGGUUAAUGCCCCAGGAGCAAACCUCACAGCGAGCAGAUGGCCACUUGUCCAGACCAAAAAAGAUGAAAGGUUCCCUGGCCCCAUGCAGGGCCAAGCAGAAAGCUGUGUCGGGUGCAGGGAAAGGAGGGGAUGGGGACGGUCAGAAACGCAUCGCAGAGAGCUCGAAUGAGAACCCACCCAAAGUGCCUGCUCAGCCUGAGGGCUCACACAGCACACACCUGCCAGAGAAGCAGCUGCAGACCGCAGCUGUGGGAAGCCCUUCCCAGCACCUGGUCCGGAGCUGGGAAGGAAGCAGACAGAGCCUCGGGAGCGAAAGCAUUUCCUUCGCUGCUGUUAUAGCUAGGCUGAGAAAGCCCAGGGCUGCAGGGCGCCAUCCGCCCUGCUCUGAGGAGAAGCGUGGCCACCAGGACUGCAGAGCCCUGCCAGACGUGGCCAGCUGCGACACCAGCGACAGCAGCAAAGACUCUGCUGGAAGUUUCCAUAGUUCUAAAUCCAGUUCCAGCAGCAGGUGUUCAGAAACUGAAGGCUGUGUGAGUUACAGGAGGUGCUGGAGGUGCCCUUCUCCAAAGCCCUCCUCUGAGAGGUAUUCCUGCUCUUCCCACUCUUCUGUGAGCAGCACAAGGAGCGACCUGAGCUGCCUGAGCCCCACCUCAAACCAUCACAGCAGGGGUCACCCUUUGGUGUGUUGCAAAGGACAGAGCAAGGGACGCAGGCACAGGAAGCACAGGGCUGGUGUCCCUCCUGCUGGCGCGGGAGAGGCUUGGCUGUGCCCCAGCAGAAGUCACAGGAGCAGGAGGAGGGCGCAGGGGGACACAGCUCAGUGUGGAGGCUGCUGGAGACACAAUGUUCUACAGCACAGAGACAGGUCCAAACACAGCAGGUGUGGGCAUUUGGGCCAAGGGCACAGCAGAAGCAGAAGCUACCAGAGCUCCAAAAGUGCUUCCACCAGAGAUUCCAGGAGCAGUGAAAGAUCAAGCAGCAGAAGAUCCAGAGGGAGCCGGUCAGGAUCCUUCUCCAAAGAGGCUGCCAGCAGUGAGAACCGCAUGAAAGAGGACACAGAAAGAGUUUCCAACACCAAGCUGGGAAAAGAGGAGACUGCACAGGAUGGGAAUGGUGAGCCCAGAGCCUUGGCCACCUGCUCCUCUGAAGCCUUGGCAGAGGAUGUGCAUGGGAGAAGAAAGUCCCUGGCAGCCCAGCAGCUGCACAGGGCAGAGUCCGAGAGAAGCCCAGGGCAGGUGUGCACCUCAGAGAGGCUUCCAAACACUUGUGGGCAGGGGUUGAAGGGUCGCUGCCGAAGCCACUGUACCCUCCAGCUCGCCCCACCGGCAGGUGACACUGCGGUGCUGCCUGUGCCAGAGGAGCUGCUCAGCGUGGCUGCAGGGGACAGGAGGCAUCGGGACACCAGCCUGAGGAGAGGCAAUGCUGAAGCGCCAGAGCUCAGGAGUGCUGCUGAGCUCAGGAGUGCUGCUGAGCUCAGGAGUGCUGCUGAGCUCAGGAGCGCUGCUGUGUCUCCAGGCACCCAUUGUGAUCGCUGUCUUCUGCAAGACGUCCUCCAAACAGGAGCAGGCUGCCAGAGCCCGAGCAGGAGGAGCACAGCGAUGCAGGAGCCACCCCUGCCCCUCUUCUUCAGUGAAGUGCAGCCCUUGCUGGCAGGCUGUGAGCCGGUACCAAGUGACUCCCCUGCUGCUCUCCCCUCCAGCAGGUACUCUGUUGUUGCUCCUUGCAUAGAGACCAAAGAACUCCCUGCUGUGGUCACGGACUGUGCCUGGGCAGAGGGCAGCUCGGGCCCUCUCUGUGCCCAUGCUGCACAGCACCCUGGUGGCGCAGUCAGUGACCCAGAAGGGUGCAGGGGGUCCUCAUGCCCUCCCUUCCCUCAGCAGCCUGUCACAUUCUCCCCAGAGGAGGUGGACAAGUACAGGCUGCUGCAGCUGCAAGCCCAGCAGCACAUGCAGAAGCAGCUCCUGGCCAAGCAGCUGAAGGUUGUGCCCUGCCCAGGCCCAGCUGCAGCAGCUGCUGCCCUCCCUGCCCAGCAGCAGGCCACCCUCACCACUGUCCACCACACGCUGCUCCAGCGCUUCGUGCUCUCUGCAGCCCUGCACCCCCACGGCAGCCACCUCUCCCUGGCACACCUGCACCCCCUCUCCCCAGCACACUUUGCCCCCGUGUCCCUGUGCCCACUGUCACCAGCCCUGCUUCCCGCCCACCCUGCUUUGCUGGCAGGGCACCCACUGCACUUGGUCGCCAGCAGCCCCCUCCAUGCAUCCCCGCUGCUGCUGCCCGCACUGCCACACGCCGCCUGCCUCCCAGCCUUACUCACCCCGCAGCUGCCCCCAGCCCCCUUGGCUCAGCCCCUGCUGCAGAGCCGAGAGCCCCACCAGCACUCUUGCUCCAGCCAGAGCCAGCAGCUCCACUCAGCAAAAGAAGUGUUCAGCAUUUCCAGCUACCUGACCUAGCCCAAGCGAUGGUCCCCACGGCUCCGGCCCCAGGCUCAGGCACAGAAAUGAUUCAGUGUUCACUGAGGGACAUCUGCUGAGAGCACAGGGACAGCUGCUUUGGAGCCCACAUCAGAGUCACAGGACUGCUGAGGCUGGAGGAGACCUUGGAGGUGAUCAAGUCCAGCCCCUUACCAAGAGCUCACAAUCCCACCACUGCUGCUAAGCUGCCUUCAGGGGACUGUUGGUUUGGGUCUCCCAUCACUGAGCAAAAGCUGUUCCAGACCCUUCUGCCAUACCAUCACAAGGGGAACAGGGUCCAUGCUACACACCAGCAAGGAUGAUCUGCUUUAGCAAACGAAUGGAAGAAGAUGAUGAUGAUGAUGAUGAUGAUGAUGAUGAUGAUGAUGAUGAUGAUGAUGAUUACAUUUCAGUCCUUGGAAGAGCAGGAGUCAGGGUUCUGAGAGGGAUUGACCUUUAAAGGCCCAUUCCAACCCAACCCAUUCCAUUCUGUGAUGGCAAAAGCACAAGGGAGGGAGGAAGAGCAAACAGCCCAAGAGCAAACCAGCAGCAGCUGCCCACAGCGCACGAAAUGCCCGGCACCGGUGUUAGUGCCCAGAGGGCAUCUCCUUGGAGGAGCAAGUUUUCAGCCUGGCUGAGCUGGUUGUUUUGCUCUACCUGCUGCCACCCUUGGGGUUCACAACUGAUGUGCUUUGCAUUUUAGCAGCAGUGUGACUGAAAGCAGGACUGAGCUGACACACGGAGCCGAGCUACGGCUUUGGGUGUGUUUAGACUGAGCCGUGAAGGAGUUUCAGCAUCCUGAUGGCAGUGAUGGAUCCGCUCCAAGUGAAUCAACCUUAGCUUUUUUAUUCUUCAUUAUUGAUCUAGUUCCUGUUAAUCAAUUCAUGUAUUGACAUAUGAGUAUGUAAAUAUAUUUGUAUUUAUUUCCCUUCCCUUUAAUUUUUUCUUUCCUUUUCUCUCCUCACCUUUCUUUUCUUUCCUUUCUUCCUUUUCCUAUUUGUAUUCUUUUCCUCUUUCCUUCCCUCUCCCUACAUUUUAUUCUUGAUUAUUAACCCAAGGAAAAGAGGUCACUCAAACUGCAACAUCCCAGUAACAACAGCUUCCUGGCUUAAACACUGGUCAAAAAAUCCUCGUGGGUUUCUGGGGGGGUGGUGACUGAAGUUCUUCUGGAGCACGUUUAGCACAGAUUUGUUGUGCAGAUCUGCACCCAAAUGCCAUUGGUUUCAAACGUGUGAAGCUUCUGUUUAAAAAUGGGUGCUGCUGUGAUGAGGAUCCCAUGUGGGCAAUGGUUUGGAAUGAGAGCAGAUUGAGACUGGAGGUGAGGAACAAGUUGUGCAGCAGGAGGCUGCUGGAGCAGUGCCACAGGCUGCCCAGGGAGGUGGUUGAGGCCCCAUGGCUGGAGCUACUGAAGGUGAGGCUGGAGCAGGCUGUGAGCAAGCUGCUGUGGUGGAGGAUGUCCCUGCUGAGUGCAGGGGGCUGGACUGGAUGAGCUUUGGAGCUCCCUUCCAGCCCAGCCCAUUGCAGACUGGAUGUAACUGAGCAGUUGAGGGCUGCAGUGCCUGCCCAGGUGUCCUCUCCACGACGGCAGGUCAGGGAGCUGCAGCCCUGCCAUGCUUUCUAGCUGCUUGAAGCAGCUGCUUGGCCUGUGUGCCCCUGCAGUAAGCACGGGGCUGGUUUGGGGUUUUAACUAACACAGGCUCACUGGUCUGCAGAGUGCCAGCCCUGUCCUCUUCCUGCCAAGCACACCAAGAGGCAGCAAACAGGAACGAACUGCAAGCUGCAGAAUGAUGCAAAGCCUUUGGGUACCUACACCUGCAGGAGCGAGCUGCAGCUGAGCCCCGCCUCUGGCUGGCCCCUUGGGCCCCUCGCAAGGCUUCCUGGUGGUUUCCCGAGUUACACAGGGGGUUGUGUAAAUGGUCCGGGAGAGAAACAUUCCUUUGGAAAACAGUAAUAAAUUAUUCUCUCUG